UGAAAGAGCAAUAUAAGCAACGUAAUUUCCAUAACACAUCACAAAUUGAUAUUUAACAGAUAUUUCUCAAUUGCAGAGGGCAUUGAAAUUGGAUUAGAUUGAUUUAUUUUUAUUCAGUUUUAGAUGGCGUAAACUGUACGAUGCACCGGAUCAUACCUUAUGUUGUGAUCUGUCUUUUAAUGCAUUUAUUAGGAUACGUGGUCUGUGAUCCUUAUCAAUUCAAAAACAGAACUAAAAGGAGUGACAUCCUACGAGAUGAGGUCGCUGAAAUGGAAGCUGAGCAGAAAUUUGGAGAAUAUAACGAGGUUAUAAUGAAAAUUUCGCACAACAGGUCCAAAGUCAAUAGUGGCAGGUCAAGGUCAAGGCGUGGGUUAAAUACUAAUUUGCCAGGCAGACUCUUUUUUUACUUCGUUUUCGAUGUUUCAGAAAGUAUCAAGGAAACGAACUUUAAGAAGAGUGUUGAAUUUGCAAAGGCCAUCGUUAGAAAAGUAGGUAUUUCCAAAAAUGGAAUAAGAAUUGGAGCUCUGACUUUCAGCUCAGCAGCAGAAACUCAGUUUUUGCCCUUUAAAUAUGAAACAACAGAAGACGCGCUAGCUGCUCUUGAUCAACUGAAUUUUGCAGAAGGAGGAUCUGUUUCGAGGUCCAUUUUAACUCUGAUAAGAGAAAAAGAUAUACCUUUAACUCAACGUAUUUUUAGGCCAAAAGAAAUGAGAUCUGUCAUUUUCAUUUUCACUGAUGGCAAAUCAAACAUGGGUGGCAAUCCAAGCGAAGAGGCAGGAAAACUCAAGCAAACUGGCGUGGAAAUCUACUGCAUCGGCAUCACAGAUUCAGUUCAGCAAGCCUCCCUCAAUGCGAUAGCAUCAGAACCUAAAGAAGAACACGUGUUCAAUUUGCAAAAUUAUGCCAGUAUUUCUCACCUGGUGGCAGAAGUCAUAGAUGGAACAACAGAUUCUCAUCAUCUAGAUAAUGGUACCAAAAUCAACAAUACCUUGCAAGAGUCAAACAUCGAAAAAGACCCUCAAAGGGAAGGUAACAUGGAGAAACAUUAUGAACUUCAUAAAACAAAAAUAAAUGGGGACAAGACUCGUUUCUACGAAAGACUAGUUUUUUAUUUCGUUUUCGAUGUUUCCGAAAUUAUAGGGGAAAUGUAUUUUAGGAAGAGUGUAGAGUUUGCGAAGGCAUUUGUUAUAAAGGUAGGUGUUUCCAAAAAUGGAACAAGAGUUGGAGCUUUGACUUUCAGUUCAACAGCAGAAACUCAGUUUUUACCCUUUGUGUACGAAACAACGGAUGAUGUGCUAGUUGCUCUCGAUGAACUGAAUUUUGAGGGAGGAGGAUCUGCUUCAAGGUCAGUUUUAACUCUGAUAAGAGAAAAAGAUAUACCCUUAACUCAACGUAUUUUUUCGACAAAAGAAAUGAGAUCUAUCAUUCUCAUUUUCACAGAUGGGAAGUCAAACAUGGGAGAUAAUCUAAGAGAAGAGGCAGAACUUCUCAAACAAGCAGGCGUGGAAAAAAUCUACUGCAUCGGCAUCACAAACUCAGUUCAGGAAACCUUCCUCAAUGCGAUAGCAUCAGAACCCAAAGAAGAACACGUGUUCAUCUUGCAAAAUUAUGCCAAUAUGUCUUACCUGGUUGAAGAAAUCGCCGAUGGAACACUUGAUUCUUAUGAUCCUGACAAUAGUACAAAUAUCAGCAAUACCUUGCAAGAGGCAGACAUCGAAAAAGAACCUGAUAAGGAACAGAAUCUGACCGAAACCAGACAGGAAGGGACCGAGGAUAUAUCCUUUAAUAAUUUUUCAGGAAGACUCGUUUUUUAUUUCAUUUUCGAUGUUUCCGGAAGCAUCAAAGAAGUGAAUUUUAGGAAGAGCGUCCAGUUUGCAAAGGCCUUCGUUAGAAAGGUAGGUAUUUCCAAAUAUGGAGCAAGAGCUGGAGCUGUGUUACUCAGUUCAAGAGCAGAAACUCAAUUUUUACCCCUUAAUUUCGAAACAACAGAAGACGUGCUAGCUGCUUUAGAUAUAUUGAAUUUUACAGGAGGAGGAUCUGCUCCGAAUUCAGCUUUAGUUCUGAUAAGAGAAGAACUUAUACCCUUAACUGUAACCUAUCUACCAAAAAAAGGAAUGAAAUCCAUUAUUUUCAUCUUCACAGAUGGCAAAGCGAACAGGGGUGGCGAUCCGAGCGGAGAGGCAGAACUUCUCAAACAAGCCGGUGUGGAAAUAUUUUGCAUCGGUGUUACAAUGUCAGUUCUUAGAGGAUCCCUCAAUAAAAUGGCAUCUGAACCCAAAGUAAAACAUGUGUUCCUCAUGGAAAAUUAUGCCAAUAUGUCCUACAUGAUUGAAGAAAUAACCGAUAUAAUAGAAAAUUCUUAUUAUAUUGAGAACAAUACAAAAAUUGGUGGACAGGAAGAGAACCUGGAGGAAAUACAAAUUCCUGUGUCUGAAGCUAAAAGAAAUGGAACGAAGGAUAUAUCCUUUAGAAAUCUUCCAGGAAGACCCGUUUUUUAUUUCCUUUUCGAUGUUUCCGAAAGCGUCAAAGAAGUGAAUUUUAGAAAGAGCGUCGAGUUUGCGAAAGCUUUCGUUAAAAAGGUCGGUAUUUCCAAAAAUGGAUCAAGAGUUGGAGCUUUGACUUUCAGCUCAGCAGCAGAAGCUCAAUUUUUGCCCUUUGUAUACGAAACAACAGAAGACGUACUUGCUGAUUUAGAUGAAUUGAGUUUUACAGGAGGAGAAUUUGCCCCGAAUUCAGCUUUAGCUCUGAUAAGAGAAGAACAUAUACCCUUAACUGAAUACCAUCUAUCGAAAAAAGGAAUGAAAUCCAUUAUUUUUAUUUUCACAGAUGGCAAAUCAAACAGAGGCGGAGAUCCAAACGACGAGGCAAAACUUCUCAAACAAAAAGGCGUGGAAAUCUUCUGCAUUGGGUCUACAAAAUCCAUUCAGAUUGCUUCCCUCAAUAAAAUAGCAUCUGAACCCAAAGAAGAACAUGUGUUUAUCUUUGAAGAUUAUGCUACCGUGUCUUACUUGGUUGAAGAAAUCAUUGAUGUAUUAGUCAAUUAUACGACAUGUGGUGUAUACCCGAGAAAGUCGGGGAAUAACGUUGGUCGCGGAAAAAUCGUUGGUGGACGAAAAAUUAUCGACCCGUGGCCUUGGAUGGCAGCUUUAUACACUGUCAGACAAGAUUUGCAUCCAGAAUUUCUUUGCGGUGGCUCUGUUAUACAUGAAAAAUUUAUAUUAACUGCAGCUCAUUGCUUGUAUGCGAAUCACCAUAGAAGAGUGAAAGAAAGGGAAAUACUAGUUAAAUUAGGUCAGAUUGAUGUGAGAAAUCAAUCAUCUUUACAGGAAUCUGGAGUAAAGAAAAUCCUCAUCCAUCCAAACUAUCGUUCUGGGCCAGUAUUUGAUUAUGAUAUCGCCUUACUACAGCUUAAAACACCUAUUAAGUUCAACUCCUUAGUUCGACCAAUAUGUUUGCCACCUCGAGAAUUGUUGCAUGAUACAAGCUUUUACAAACCAGGAGAACAUGUAGUAGCUAUAGGAUGGGGACUGACAAGGAUCAUGCGGAUUAUGGAACAAGUAGAAUAUCAGCCCCCCGACAUACUAAAAGAGAUAAUACUUCCAAUUCAAUCUCGAGAAAGGUGCCGAAGUAGAGAAGCUUUCUUCUAUUUGUUACGUGAAAGCGCAUUUAGUGAUCGUAUGUUUUGCGCCGGAGAUGGAAAAGGAGGUAAUGACACUUGUCCAGGAGAUAGUGGAGGCCCUGUGAUGCAGUCCUGGUUGAAUGAAGAUGGGGACACCUACUGGACUCAAGUUGGAAUCGUCAGUUGGGGUCUAGGUUGUGGAUUAGCGAAAACUUACGGGUACUACACGCACGUUCACAAAUUGGUGGAUUGGGUGAUCAGCAACAUUUCGCUCAAAAAUUAAAGAGAGCAAUGAAUCAUUUGUAAAGAUUAAAUAACAUCGUUGUUCUCACCAUCUAAGUCGAUUACACCAUUCAUCCCAAUGACAAGUUGAUGGUUAUUAUUAUCCAGCAAGAUACCACAGUCUUCGAGUUCUUUCACUUCUUUAAAAAAGUACACACGAUAUUAUGCUGAAAAAUCCACUUUCUAAUCAAUCCCAUCAUACUUAUGACAGCCAAUAAAAAAUGCUUCACAAUUAGAUCUCCUUCCAUCAGACAAAACAGCAUGCAAAAAUUCCUUCCCAUAAUGUUGCCUCGAUUAAUUUAAUUUAGUCAGACUGAAGUCUUGGUUUGAAAUAACGUGGUCAGUUUUAAGAGAGAUAUUUUAGUAUAAAAUCAUAUUCAUAUGGCAAGGAUCACACUAGAGCCUACAUGCAUUUCUAAAUAAUUGUACGCCAUACAAUCCAACAGCAAGAUCUUCAACAUAUAUUAUCAAUACAUAUAUGGUUGGUUUUCCAUGGAGUCGGAUUUAGACCCCGAGAUGUUAUCCCAUGAUUACACCACCAGAUGACUGCGGCUCUAACUGCAGACACUGAAGGGAGCAAUCGCAUCAUUGUUUUUAUCAACAGAAUAUUUUUAACCUGUUUUUCCUAUGAAAUUUAAAAUACAAGAAGAGCGUUGAUAAAAAGAAUCCUGGAAACACUUAAGAGUCAUCUUAAUCACCCGUCAUUAUCAUUAUUAAUGUAAAAUAUUCAGAGAAAAGGGUAAGAAAGGGGUGUUAUUUAUGAAAUAUAAAUAAAACAUUCGAUAACUGGGCGUUUGACAAGACCAUGCUAUACAACAUACAUAGACGCAAGAAUACAGUACAUACACAUACACGCAAGAAUUAUCCGGUCAAAAUCAGAGAAAAUAUGCAUUUGAACAUCUAUUCUUUGACCAACUGUCUUCUAAAUUUGGCCAAUAUAUAUAAUUUCAAUUAGAAAUUCAAGAAAAAUAAAAAGAUCGCAUAAAAACUUUCAUUUAUAUAACUUUUGGCCUCUUUUGAAUUAUUGCUUUCAGUUAUCCAUAAAGCGACUAAUUGGCAUUUAGUUAACCUUUAAGAGGAUGAAGUCCAAAAUUUGAUAUAAACCUUAAUCCAAGUUAUAAAAUGACAUACCAAGUCUAAAUGUAUUACAAGUUUUAUACAUUUAACUUGCUGCAUUUUUUAAUUAUGAAGUUUCAAGUAACGUGCAUAGAUAAAUACACAGACUUCAUUCAACAUAAUUGAGAUAAAUUCGAAUUUUACUUGUAAAGAAAAAAUCCAAAAUUUUAGUGCCAAAUAACACUUUUUUAUUGUUGUUUUCACAUGCAAGAACAAUUAACAAUUGGAUUAUUUGGGACAUAUAUGACCUGAAAAAAUAUAGAGAUUCCUCAAAAUUUCGAAAUGUUUUUUUUUAUUAUUAUUGGGUUUUUUUUUUUUUUUUUUUUUUUUUAAAUCUUUCUAAACUUCUUUUACGGAGGCAAGGGCCAAAAAUGUAAAAACUUUUUUUAAUCUUUCACAAAAUUGUUUGUAAUAAAAUGAAUUCAGUUUCAAAAUCGCUUUGUGGCCGUUUUUACAUUUACAUUUGUUUUAUAUUGUAAUACACUUGAAAUUUUUUGUCUAGGAGAAAAAUAAAAAGGUUGUUUGAAUUUUUAUCUAGUUCAGCAAUUUGAUAAAACUUGUGUGAAUAUCAGGACAGGCACUAUACCAUCUAGAGUGGCGGCUGCAAACUUUUUUCUUCAGCUAUUUUAUUAUUUCUGAACAUUGUAUUCAGUUAAAAAGUAAUUCAAAGAACAAAAUAUAAUUCAAUUUCAUGAAAUAAUAAUGAAUAUUUAUAACAUUUAGUCUAUACGUUUGCUAUACGACAUGUAUAUGUCAGUAUUUUUUAUACUCAAUUAACUCAGGCAUUUACUACAUUCAACAAAUUUUGAUUGUGUCAUUAAAAUUUCUAUGACCACAAAAGAGCAGAAUACUGAAAAUCGUUAUAUAAUUAAUAUUUAAAACUGCAAAUGGCAUAUGAAAUUACUGAAGUACAAAACUCAUGGUUACAAAGUGAAAUUGGUGGAAAAACUCACCAACUUAAUGGAGCUUUUCAUGGCAAAACCAUCUUUGCAAGUGAUGAAUUUCAUAAUAAAUUUUUGAAUUCCAAACUAGAGUACUCUAAUAGCCUGCCAUUUGUAUAGCAUCUCUGUAGUGACUAGGGAUUGCAAUACCGGACCAAAAUUUCAAUACCGGUAUUCGGUAUUUUUAAAUCUUAAUACCGGGAUACCGGUUUUAAUACCGGUAUUAGAAAUUUUAGAAAAAGAAAGAAAACACAGAUGUUUCUUUGUUUUAUUUGCCAGUUUUAUAAGAGAGUGUAAAUAUCACAAAAAAUAAUAUGUAACUUAUAAAUUAUAACAGUAUAUAAAGAAUCACAAAAAAGAAAAGUCACAACUUAUUUAUUUAAAUCACAAAAAAAGUAUAAAUAUCACUAUUCAGUCUGUGGUACUAUUGCAAAUUUUUGAAAUGCGAUCUUAAAAAACAUAAUGCAUCCAUUGUACUGUCUUUAAGCCUGGAAAGUAAUUUUGUGUGAAAAUUACCAGCUGUCGAAAACGCUCUUUCAGCAUCUACGCUAGUUGGUGAUAGUGUUAGCAAUGCGCGAUAUACUUUUUCCAAGUAUUUACCUCUAAAUCCCUCAUCUUCAAAUAAAUCAAUUUCUCGUCGGAUGGUUUUGGAGAUAGCUGAUUUCUGUAUUGUAUUUUGGUUCGUUAAAUUUUUUUUUAUCUAUCGCUAAUUCUAAUUUUUGUUCAAGAGACAAUUCCUUUUCACUAUCAACAUUAGUGUCAUCAAAAUCUUCGAUAACUGAAUUCUUCUGAAUGUGAAUAGGUUUGCGGGUAAAAAAUUUUAAGAAAAUUUACUAUAAACUUAAUUAGAUUUGAAUUUAUUAUUUUCUUUCCUUCUUUUUCAUUUUCAUUUUUAAAAUUAUUAUAAUUAUGUAAAUAACAUAAGACAUUUUCUGUUUCGGUAUGCCUUUCUUCUGCGCGAUUUUUCAAUGUAAUGUAUAAUUCUUCUGAUAGUGAUGUGUGCUGUUCUUUCAUGACUGCAGCAUGAAAUUUAUUGUUACAUUAGAUGUUAAUAAAUUAAAAUCUCUCCGACAUAAUGCCUCUAUAGUCAGUUUUAUUGGAAGUAGAGCUGAUAUAGUUCUGGAUAUUAAGUCGAAUUCACUAUCUGAAAAAUUAAUUUACAGGUUUAAAUCGAUUAUUGCUUUUUGGAUUGGAUUUCAAAAAUCGUGCCAUCAUUAGGAGUAAACUGUUCCAACGUGUCUUAGAAUCUAUUAGUAACAUAUAUUCUGUUUUAUUUUCAGUUAGUAUAUAUUUUUGUAAUAUGGCAUUUUAUAUAGCGAAAAGUUUAAAGAUCUUAACAAUUUUUCGAACUUUAUAAAUUAUAAGAAGCAAUUCUUGAUGGGUUAACAUUUCAUCCUCAUUAGCAAUAUCUUCUUCACCAAUUACAUUGUCAUUAUCUUCAUUGUCAAUAUCACUCUCACUUUUACUCUCUUCAAUGUCGAAAUCCGAAGUUUCUAUAUCCACAGUAUUUGGAUUCUUCUGUUCUUUAUUUUUUUGGUAUAAUACAUCUAUUACUCCUCAUUGAAUUCCAUGAGCAUAGCACAAUUGCUGAUUUGCACCAAUCAAUUUUCCAACUUUUUUCAUAACUGUUGCUCUGUCAGUCGUUAUGGAUACAAUAUUUUCUUUCAGGGAUAAUCCAUGUUUCUCCAAUUUAGAUUUAAGCAAUUCAGCCAUUAAUUAGCUAAUUAAUUUCGCCCGUUAGGGAGACAUAAAAACAAAAACGCAUACUAUUUUGUUAUGUUGGCGAUCCCUGAACCUAUAGUGGAGACAAUUUAAAAAAUUUGUAGUAAAUACCGAAAAACCGGUAUUUCAACUUGUGAAUACCGGUAUUACAAAAUUGAAAAAUAGCUCAAAAUACCGGUAUUCGGUAUCCCGGUAUUGCAAUCCCUAGUAGUGACGUAGUUAGAAUAAGUAGUGACCAUCAUAAACAAAUAACAUACAAUGAAUAAGUAAAUAAAAUUUAAAAAAUGCUUAUAAUAGGAAUGGGCACCAGUUAGGCUAAGUGAUAAACAAAACAAGACAGGGGAACAUUUAUCUGUAAUUAUUGUCAGCUAAAAUCAAGACUUUGUUGGAUAUUACCAAUGUGAAAAAAUUGUGCCCACACAGUAGGAGUAAUCUACAAUCAACAAUUGUAAAAUAAAAAUUAAACUAAAAAUGAUUUUGUUUUUCAUUUUUAUUUUUAAUGGCAUCAAAUACUUGUGAAUUCGUUAAUUUUGUUCAAUUUAUAAUUUUACUAUUGAACAGACCUUGAUAAUAAUAAUAGGACCAAAUAGCUUCAUGUCAAAUUUAAUUUUUAUUAACAAAAAAAUUAUACAAAUUUAAGAAUGGAAUAUUGUACAUUAAACAAUUCAACAAAGGAUCAAAAAUAUGCAAAAUAUAAGAAGAUGCAUGUAUUCCAUAAAUAUAAAAAUGCAACACUUUAUAGUUUUUAACAUGCAUCAGUUUCUACCAAAUUGUCUACUUCUA